AUCACUCGAAAGCUCUCUCUUCUCUGUAUUUCCCCUUGAUUCUAACUUUCUUGUUCAUCAGCCUUUGAGUUUCGUUCAUGGAUCAGUACCAAAACCACCAACAUUUUCCUGACGAUGAUUCCAUGGAUCCUGACAAGUUCAUCGAGAGCUUCAACUUAGCAUCAUGCGCGGAGGAAAAAAGGCAUGAGUUUGAUCUCCAAUAUUCGGUGUCUUACACACAAAGACUGAUUCAGGAACACCUGGGAAUUUCUGUAGUCCAAGAUUUAGCGUUUUCUUCGUCAGCUGCUUCAUCUUCGUUUCAGAUGCUCCAACAAACCAUCGAUCAGUUGGCUCCUCAUCAUGCUGGUUCUGAGCAGAACAUGCCUCAGUUUUGGAAAGACCUUAUCAAAAUGUCUGAUCCUCAAGUUCGCCAGAAGCCUGCUGCAGAAACAUCACUUGCUAGCCCAAAUUUGUAUAUAUUGUGCAUGAUUGGAGCCACAGAUGCUCACCUCAAAGAGGCAUGAGGAUGGAUGCUGCUACAUCUGUUUCUCAUCUCUUUUUUGAGACAAGCACAGUAAACGCAUAAUGUCAAAUGCAUUCUUCACCUGAAAUCUUUCUAAUUAGAAGAUCUAAUUUUGAUCUUCAUGUGGAAGAGGUAUACAUACUUUCUUUAGUUUGUCUUCUUCUGCUAUGUUUUCCUAAUUUGUGACGCUUUUACUGCUUUUGAUGCAUACAACGGACUAUAAAAUUGUGCUUUAAUUUGUUUUUCUUAAACUCUCAUCCAGAAUAUGUCGGUCAGAAAUAAUUAAUGUAUUUAAGAAUAAAUCUUCUAAUUUGACUAAAUAUUCUAGAAGCUAGAUAGCUAAAAAUAGCUAAGUGCUAAGUUAGGUUAGACUUUAAAUUAUGCAUAAUAAUUAAGUAGUACAUCCCUUACCUUAAAUUCAGAUAAGGAUUUGCCAAACUAACUAACAAUUGUUGAAUUUAGCCAUUUGGGGCUAACUUAAAAGGACCAACAAAUUCACCCUAACUUGUAU